AUGGCGGACGAACUAAGUUUUCAUUAAUAAUUUUCAAGUGUUAAUCAAACUGUCUUAAUAAGAUCAUGGACCCGCCUAGCUUGCGAUACAUUGUUCAAGCAACGAUCAUAAAAUACUUAGUUUGCAGUAGUGAUAUUUCACGGCAACAAAUCGUAAUGCUGGAGUAUCUUCGAAAUUUUGGGCAAGGCAUUUUUGGAGACGAAAUUCUUUCACAGGUCUUUGAAGAUUUUCCUGGUGAACUCACCGAUGAACUCUUAUCUGUCUUGUCACCUCCGCAUCUGAAGCAAUUAAAACUGAGAGGCUGUAAUCGUUUGUCGUGCAGCGGACUUCAAACAGCAAUCGCUAAAUGUCACCAGCUUCAAGCAAUUGAUUUCACUGAAUGUAUCCACCUCCUUCAUCCAGUCGUGUUUUGCUGUAUUAAAGAGAAAGCAACAAAAUUGGUAUCUCUAUCUUUUGAAAAUUCAGAACUUGUCUCUGAUGACAUUGUUCAGGUGGCUUUGAUGUGCUGCCCAGGCUUAAAACACCUCAACCUUUCCAGUUGUAAAAACAUUACUGAUGCUGCUUUUGCAAUUCAUAAUUCUAAGAAAGAAGCAAUGAUCACAGAUCCUACUCACCAAAUGCCUCAUGCAGGUUUUGGCCUUACCAAUGUCGAUAUAUCAGGCUGUCGCUCACUAUCAACUGAUACAGUGAAACACCUUGUCAGUUUGUGUGGAUCUAGUUUAACAAGUAUCAAUCUUGCUUACACAGGAGUUAAUUGCAUGGCAUUGCUGUACUUAGCCGGAUUAAACAUAGAUAAAGUAGCAAGAAUCAUGCACAAUGCAGUUGCCACUGAUCUUGCUUCGACAUCAAACCAAGAGACAGUACAGGAAAUUCCCAAUCACAAUCAGUGGUGUAAUGAUGUCAGUGAUUCUGUUAAAACACAGCCAUCCCCAAUGAUGUCAAAAGAUAAUGAUCUUUCACUUAAUGAAAAUUUGUUGAAUGAGAUGGAAGUUUUGACACUAAAGUUUGUUCUCCCUACAUGUCAUGUGGAUGAACAGAAUAAAGCACAAGAUGGACAGAGCCAUAAGGAGUUUGGGUCUGAUACCUCUUUUGCAGUUUUUUCCAGUUUGUCCCCAGAAAUCCCACCAAGUGACAAAGCUUCUGAACAUGAAAAUGCAAGGUUUGGAGAUGAAGAGUGCAAUGAUGAUAAUGGUGAACGAAAUUUCAAGGAGAGAGCUGGAUAUAGGACAAUUUGCUGGAAUGACAUUCCCACUGAAGAUGGAUCCAAGGCAACUGUUGAUAGUGAAAGCACUAGUUGUAACAGGAUGCAGUUACUUUCAAAACAAGAAGAAAUUACAACUACUUGUAAACUUGGGAGUGUGGGCAACAGGGAGCUUGGCUUGGAGAGAUAUGACUUAAUGACUGUUGGAAAACAAACUACAGAACACUGUGGGUCAGAGGAAAUUUUAGCUUGUGAAGAUAAUUUUGAACUAGGGAGCCAUCCAGUACAUGAUGACACGACAACACGAUGUGAAGAGGCUGGUGAGGAAAAGUCUACACCCAACUAUCUUUCCUCACCUACCACAAGUGUGAAUUGUGAUAUAACUUCUACAGAGUCAGCUUUAGAGGAUGAAGAUGCAGAAAUUAAGGAUUUUAGAAUCCAUGCUAGGAGUGGGGAAGGUGAGAAACUUGUUGACGUUCUUUUAGAUGGUGUGGAUAGUGAUUACAGCUCUGCCGCAUGUAAAAUGUCAUGUGCAGGGUGUAAAUCUUCCACCCCUUCCAAUAUCCCUAAAAAAAAUGGGAUAGGCAAGGAGUCUAAGAAUUGUUGGGAGGUUAAAGAUGUGCUAAUUGACAGUGAGGAAGAAGUUAACCCCAAUCAGCAUACAAUUUAUACUGGUGAAAAGGACAACAAAAGUACGCCCGACUGUUUACUGUCACCCAAAGGAGUUAUUCGAAUCAGUGAUUUGUUAGUAACGCAGAGUUUUCAGCCACAAAUUGCAACAUUGGACAUUACUGGCAUGCAUUAUCCAAGCAAACAGCUAGGUAAUGCAUGCUUGAAAAUUUUCUCUCAUGCUAAUGAAGGUUUGAAAAAUUUUACAAUAUCAUGGUUGGAACUGGAGGAUGGAAUGUUGAGAUACAUUCUUAGGCAUCAACCUGACCUGGAAUCUUUGUCUUUGGUUGAUUGUGAAAAGCUCAGCAACCUUUCCCUGAUCUCCAUCCCUGUGCACUGUCCAACACUCAGCAGCUUUGAGCUGAAGGGUAUGUGUUAUGUCACUGACCAUGGACUGGUGCCUCUCACAAGGAGCAAGCAUCUACAAUCCUUGUCCUUGGCUGAGGCUGCUAUCACUGACUUUACACUUGAGAGCAUAGCAAAGGGCUGUGGGGAAAAGCUUAAAGUCUUGGACAUAUCCUGGUGCGAAGACGCCACGGAUCAGGGAAUAUCAGCAGUGGCAAAUUCUUGUCGCUCCCUUCAACGACUUGGUCUACGACAAUGUGCAGCUUCUAAGCCCACCAUCACUGCACUUGGAAAGAACUGCCAUAAUAUUUCUUGCCUGAAUAUUGCAGGGAUUGAUAGCUUUACAGAUGAUGCACUCAGUAGCUUGGCUAAGAACAUGCCGCUUCUUAGAGAAAUAGAUGCAAGCUGGAACUCUUGUUUAUCGGACAACGGCAUCAAAGCCCUGAUGCAAAGCUGUGUAAAGCUCAAGAAAGCAGUUUUGAACGGUUUAAAGCUCAUAACCUCCCAUCCAUUUUUGGGAAUUGUAGGAGAUUUAAAUUGUUGGAGUCUAUUACAAGAAUUGUGGAGAUACAACAAAAAAUUCCAAAGUGUUCUCCCUCAAGGAAAAGUUUCUCUGAAGCCUUGUGAUACGGAAACAGCCAAGUCCCUUGGUGACCAAAUGCCAUGUCGCUCCAUGUCCUUUGCGCCCUCGUUACGGCAUAUUGAACUUGAAUACAGCGACAAAGUGAAUGAUGAUCAUUUGGCAGCAAUCGUAGCAAUCUGUAGAGGAACCUUGUACGUUAAAGAUUAUUAUGGACAGUCAGUUGAGCCCAAAUGGAUAUUUCGAUAAAAUUAUAGCGUACAACACAAAAAUGCUUUUUAUUUCCUGAUGUACUUGACGUAAUGUCACCUUGAGCGGCUUAAAAAUAAAUUAAUGCAAAUACCAA